CUCGCGCUCACGUGGGCUUUCUUCCCUCUCAGACACGAGACCGCGUCUCAUACUUGAUUCUUCGAACUGAUCUCCUACAAAGGAUGACAGACUCUGGACAUGACUGUUCGCUUAAGGAGCUCCUUCUCCUCCUCAGCCAUGCACUGCUGUGCGCUCAAGGCCGUGCGUCAGAGCACUCGUCGACGCUCCCACCCCAUCUUCCAGCGGCCCUGCCGGAACCCGUGCUCAUCCAGGAGGCAUCUCGAGGACGUGUCGUGGAGCUGCUGUGUCGCACUCCUUCGGGUUACGCAGGGAUCCUCUUCAAGCUCUACAGAGAGCGGGAUUUGGUGAACAGCACCGAGUUCGGCCAGGACGCCCGAGAAGCCCGCUUUAGCGUGGUGAGGGAGCGCGGAGCACGGUGGAAACCCUACUGCUGCCUGUAUCAGAACAGCGACGGUGUGUACAGUGCCUUCAGUUCGUACCUGGAGCCGAGGGAUUCAACAGUGCCGUUGCCUGCGCCCACCCUCUCCUUUGCACGUCAGGACCCCGCGGACAGAGUCUUGCUGUGCGAGGGGUCGCCUUCCUAUCCUGGGGCUGAGUUCUUGCUCCUCCAGUUGGGCUCCUCACACCCCUUGGAGAGACAAACUGCUCCCCCGAUGCUCCACAGUGCCAGCUUUUUGGUGCCGGCUGACCACCAAUAUCUGAACGAGUACCAGUGUCAGUACAGUGUGCUCCUGGACCAACGCCGGAGGGAGUCGGAGCGCAGCCCUCCCCUCGCUGUUCCUAUUUUCACAAAAACUGCCAUGAAUACUUCGACAGCUGCUCAACCUCCAGCCGAAGAACACACAGCACCGACAGACUGGCCAAUGAUCAUGGGCUCCAUAUCGGCAGUCGUCCUGGUCAUGGUGGUGCUGACAGCCCUGGGGUUCGUGGUCCGCUGGAAAGUCAAAGCGCUGGUGGCAGAGAGACAGAAAAGGGAAGAGGCCCGUUUCUGGCAUAAUUUUCACGCCAUGGACCACGUUGUCGACCUAACCCUCAGAAGAGUCAGUGUUGGGUCUCAGGAAUGGGAUCCAGUCAAGGACGAAAAAGGAAGCAGAACCACGGGAAAGUGCAGCUCUUCCUCUUCCGACCCUCAUUUCUACACGUUUCGGAACUCGAUGCUUCGCUGAAAGCAGUGCCUUCGCCCCGGACAGAUCUCCGUACCCGUAUCUGUUUUUAGGGUUGUUUUUACACCUUUCUCACUCAUCGCUGAGACCCAGUAGGUGUGAUGCUCAGAGGACUAAUUUACAUUUUUUCUACAUUUUACCGCAACUGGGUCUGAUGCAUUUAUGUUUUCUUAAAAACUUGGUUCCACUUUUUUUUUUUUUUUUGCUCUGUCUUGCGCAACACCUAUUUCCUUAAACCUUUUAUACCCAUGGACACAAAUACAGCACAGGUUAAUAAUAAAAGUUAUAUUUAUUGCAAUCAAAUAUAUUCCUGUGACUGUAUCCUUAUAGAUGCAGAACAGGAUUUCUUACUGUCCAGUCUGGCCUGAGAAGUUCUGUUUU